AUGGCUCGUCCCAGCCUCUGUGUGAAGCUGAGCCCUGGCUUUAUGUGGAGAGUGCUUUGGCUUAUGAGGACUGUAGUAGAUUUCGCGCUGCCUCAGGAGACUUAUGCACCCCAUUCAAUACGGAUAGAGGGGCACUUGACCCUGGGCGGACUCUUCCCGGUGCACGCCAGAGGGGCCGACGGCACGCCGUGUGGGGACAUCAAAAAGGAGAAUGGGAUCCAUCGGCUUGAGGCCAUGAUGUACGCUUUGGACCAAAUCAACCAGGACGACCAACUCUUACCCAACAUCACCUUAGGCGCUCGGGUGCUGGACACUUGUUCGAGGGAUACCUAUGCGCUGGAGCAAUCUUUAACUUUUGUUCAAGCCCUGAUAACCAAGGACACGUCAGACGUGAGGUGCACUAAUGGGGAGCCACCGGUGUUUGUCAAGCCCGAAAAAGUGGUGGGAGUCAUCGGAGCCUCGGCGAGUUCAGUAUCGAUUAUGGUUGCCAACAUCCUACGCCUCUUCCAGAUCCCACAGAUCAGCUACGCAUCAACAGCCCCCGAGUUGAGUGAUGACAGGCGCUAUGACUUCUUCUCGCGGGUGGUUCCUCCAGACUCGUUUCAGGCCCAGGCCAUGGUGGACAUCAUCCGAGCCUUGGGCUGGUCCUACGUCUCCACCAUCGCCUCAGAGGGGAGCUACGGGGAGAAAGGCGUGGAAGCUUUCACACAGCUCUCCAAAGAAGCAGGUGGAAUCUGCAUCGCUCAGUCUUUGAAAAUUCCCCACAACCCGAAGCUGGAGGAUUAUGACAAAGCCAUCCAACAACUGCUGGAAACGCAGCACUCCCGGGCAGUCGUCAUCUUUGCCAGUGAAGAAGACAUACGGGGAGUUCUCAAUGCCACCAAGCGGGCCAAUCAGGUGGGCCAUUUCCUGUGGAUUGGAUCUGACAGCUGGGGGGCCAAGAGCAGCCCAAUCCACCAACUAGAGGAUGUAGCAGUGGGAGCAGUCACUAUACUGCCCAAACGCUCCUCCAUUAAAGGAUUUGAUGAAUACUUCACGGCGCUCACCCUAGAGAACAAUCGCAGGAACGUGUGGUUUGCUGAGUUCUGGGAGGAAAACUUUGACUGCAGGCUGCUCAGCUCCUCCAAGAGAGAGGACACCAGUCGCAAAUGCACAGGCCAGGAGCGUAUCGGGAUUGACUCCAAGUACGAGCAGGAGGGGAAAGUGCAGUUCGUGAUAGACGCGGUGUACGCCAUGGCCCACGCUCUCCACAACAUGCAGAGAGACUUGUGUCCUGAUCAUCCUGGCGUGUGCCUGGAAAUGGAGUCCGCUGAGGGCAAGACUCUGCUGAAGUACAUACGCAACACCAGCUUCAACGGCAGUGCUGGCACCUCUGUUAUGUUUAACAAAAAUGGCGAUGCUCCAGGACGCUAUGACCUGUUCCAGUUCCAGAUGACCAACUCCUCCACCCCUGGGUACAAGGUGGUGGGACAAUGGGUGGAGACCCUCCAACUCCAGCUGGAAGAGCUCCAGUGGCCAGACGGGGAGCCAGAGGUCCCCAUCUCUGUGUGCAGCCUGCCCUGUAAGACUGGAGAGAGGAAGAAGAGGGUGAAGGGCAUGCCAUGCUGCUGGCACUGUGAGCUCUGCGACGGCUACCAGUACCAAUAUGACGAGACCUCCUGCAGACUGUGUGCCUACAACAUGAGGCCCAACCCCAACAGGACAGCCUGCCAGCCAAUCCCCAUUAUCAAGCUGGAGUGGCACUCUCCUUGGGCAAUUAUCCCCGUCUUCCUGGCAAUGCUCGGCAUCAUCGCCACUAUCUUUGUCAUGGCAACCUUCAUACGCUACAAUGACACACCGAUUGUGCGGGCGUCAGGUCGUGAGCUGAGUUAUGUGCUGCUAACGGGCAUCUUCCUGUGUUACAUCAUCACCUUCCUCAUGAUCGCCAAGCCUGAUGUAGGUGUAUGCGCCUUCAGGAGGAUCUUCCUGGGCCUUGGCAUGUGCAUCAGCUACGCGGCGCUGCUCACUAAGACCAACCGUAUCUACCGCAUCUUUGAGCAGGGCAAGCAGACAGUCACAGCCCCACGCUUCAUUAGCCCCACUUCCCAGAUCGCCAUCACCUCCAGUCUGAUCUGUGUCCAGCUGCUGGGGGUGCUGGUGUGGUUUGCCGUGGACCCGCCCAACACAAUCAUCGACUACGAUGAGCAGAAGACCAUAAACCCCAUGCUGGCCCGCGGCGUGCUGAAGUGUGACAUCACAGACCUGCAGAUCAUUUGCUCACUGGGCUACAGCAUCUUGUUGAUGGUCACCUGCACCAUCUAUGCCAUCAAAACAAGGGAUGUACCUGAAGAUUUCAACGAGGCCAAGCCCAUCGGCUUCACUAUGUACACCACCUGCAUAGUGUGGCUGGCCUUUAUCCCCAUUUUCUUUGGCACAGCACAGUCGGCAGAGAAGCUAUACAUCCAGACCACAACCCUGACCAUCUCCAUGAACCUCAGUGCCUCCGUAGCACUGGGCAUGCUCUACAUGCCCAAGGUGUACAUCAUUAUCUUCCACCCUGAGCUCAAUGUACAGAAGAGGAAGCGUAGCUUCAAGGCUGUGGUCACAGCUGCCACAAUGUCAUCACGCCUGUCACAGAAGCCCAAUGAGAGGCCCAACGGAGAGGCUAAGACUGAGCUGUGUGAGAACCCUGCUGCUGACCCCAUGAGUCAAGCAACCAAGAAAACAUAUGUGAGUUACAACAACCUCAGGAUCUGAUCUGCUUGAAUUGAAUGGUUUUUGUUCUUUAUUGGUGAUGGCAAAGGGAACAGAACCCAGAAAAACACAGAGAAAGAGAAACAGGGGAGAGGGCAGGCAGCCCAGCACUACCUACCUAUGCACUCCAGGACUGUGGAUAGCGUCCAACCUUCAUCGAGACAUUAUACAUGAGUCCUGACAGAGACGAGCACAGCUGUAGGCCUGUGUGACUGGGUCGUCCUCCAGAACCAAACUGUAGGUUCAAACCUUCCUCCUGUGGCGUGGUGGCCCCCUUCUCUACGACAGACAACAACCUGCCUGCUGAAGGGGUCAGUCUGAAUGAGGACCACUGCAACAAAGACAGCACAGUGGAUCUGUUUUCAAGAUAUUUUCUUUUGAAAUGUCAUUAAAGCCAUAUUCUCUUGGAGUUCCCAUUAUCUUUAUUAUGUUUUGUACUUGUUUCUAAGUGAUUUCUUCUGUGCCUCUUUCUUUCAACAAACAGCUGAAGUUGAUUCAAUCACCUUGACUUAGCAAGCUCUGCCACAGAUUUUGUUUUGUAAUGAAAUCAACUCAAAUCAAGUCAUUUAACCCAGAUAAUUAUGUUAGAGUGAUGGGCAUUGUAACUAUAUUUUUUGUAAAUAUUUGAGAGUAUUUUCAUGUUUGGAGUACAAAAAUAGAUAUCCAGUCUUUGUUCAAUUGGCUUUGGAUGGUAAUGAAAAGCACCACAAAGUGUUCACAUUGCAUGUGCCAAUGUAUGUCUGUUCUAUUUGAUGUAAAAAUAAAAAAAAAAAGAAAAGAAAAAAAAGCUAAAUAAAUUCUGAAACUGAUAAUGAGCUUAAGCAUCCUUCUGCGGUUUAUUUGUUUCUUUACCAGAACAGAACUUCAUACAUGACAGAAUAUGGCUUUAAUCUGUUGUUAAAUCGACCCCCUUGUAUCUGCAAGCAUGUUUGUUUUAUAUAGUUUCGUACCGGGUACAUUAUGCCUAAUUAUUAAUGGUGUAGAAAACAUUAAUAUCAGAACAAUCAUGCAAGUAUGUUGUGAUGUCUGUCAAAUUAUCAACAUGUAAUAAACCAUUUUGUUAUCUUUUAUACAAUUAAA